AUGGUUAUACAAAUUUUAACUGGUGUGAUAUUAUUGACUCAGAUUUUCUUUAGUAAUGAAUUUUUCCAAAGAUUUAUUCACGCUUUUAGUCCGGAUUCAUUAUUUGAUAUUGGAGCAUGUAUAAAGGGCAGACUCAAUGGGUACGCCAUUGCCUAUAAAGCUCGAGUGAUACUUUUCAACCACCUCUGCUAUUUCACGUGGAAUUAA